AUGGAGCUAGAAGUUCUGAACGAACAGCAACAGUUAGAGGAGCUUGAGUUAGAGGAGGAGAAGCAGAUCAGGGCUAGGCAGAUAGUUCAAGAGAAGUUGAUUAAAGAUCGCGAGUUAGAAAUAGAGACCAAAAGGUUAGAAGAAGAAAAGGCAUUCCUUGAGAAGAAGACAGCCGAGGAGCUCAGGUUCCGCAGAAAUCAGAUGGCGAUUAAAAAGAAAUCUUUGGAAGAGAAGGCUAAACUCAUCCGUGAGCAUUCACAGCGCGGGAGUAGUCAGGCAUCAGGCAUCAGCCAAAGUGAAUCUGAGGUGGGUGCUACAGAACAGCAAAUCCAGAGCGAUCGAGGAAUUUUACCAGCGAUAAGUGAUCCGACCGAUGCGGAAUUAGUGAGCUCUCUUAAUAAACUACAGUUGCCGCAGCAAAGUAUCGAGCAGCGAAACGUCAGGAUCGGUGUCCAACCGAGCAGCAAGAAUAACUCAGCUGAAGCUCUUCGGGAUUUGAAUGAUUGUACCAAACGACUCAACGACAACACAAGGUGUGGUCAGAAAACGAACGACGAAACACUCGGAUUUUCCAAUCAAAGGUGUGCACAGUUCCAUCCAGACGAACUCGAAGACCACCAUGCCCGCACAAUAGAUCAAACAGUUGAACAGGGCCCUACAAACCGUCAACUUGCUGCCCGUCAGGUAAUGGGGAAAGAUCUUCCAGUAUUCUCGGGUCGCCCUGAAGAGUGGCCCAUAUGGGUUAGUAAUUUCGAAAGAUCAACUGCGACGUGUGGAUUUUCCCAAGACGAAAAUCUUAUCCGAUUACAACGUUGUCUCAAGGGACCAGCGCUUGAAAUGGUUCGUGGGAGGCUUUUGACACCGGCUAGUGUGCCACAUGUGAUAAAGACUUUACAGCUGCGCUAUGGUCGACCGGAAACCUUGAUUCGGGCCCUCACUGAAAAGAUUCGGCAUCUUCCGGCGCCGAAGAUGGAUAACUUGGAGAGUAUCAUCGACUUCGGAAUGGCCGUAGACAACCUUGUGGAACACUUGAAGACUGCAAAACAACAUGCGCAUCUAAUGAAUCCCGCUCUUCUUCACGACUUGGUCAGUAAGCUGCCGGUGGAUUACAGAAUGAAGUGGGCGGCAUAUAAAUGUGCUAGAGCCGAUGCCGAUCUUAGUACUUUCGGGACGUUUAUGAACUCUAUCGUAGAGCUAGCGUUUGACGUAGCGGAUGAUCAUGCGGCAAGCAAAUCAUUCAAAUCACAACAAAAACCGAAGGAACUCAGUUUCGUACAGGUUCAUUCAGAAGGAUCGUAUAAGGAGGAAAACGCGUCUUCCAACAGUGGUAGCCAUGAGGAUAAACCACAAAAAAGGACGUGUGCUGUGUGCGGAAUGGAAGGCCAUCGGGUCCACGAUUGUCAGCAGUUUAGAUCAUUGAACGUCGACGAAAGACACAAAAUUGUCAACCAGAACUCUUUGUGUAGAACUUGUUUAAACCAGCAUGGUAGAUGGCCAUGUCGGACCUGGCAAGGCUGCGGAAUUGCAGGUUGCCGAUUACGGCACCAUACCCUUCUACACUCAGUGGCGCAGGCCACGACAGUUGCGGUUUCCACUAGUCAUUUGGGCCAAAGGCAGUCUCCUGAUGGUUCCCUGUUUAGAAUGUUGCCAGUAACCCUUUUUGGGCCAAAUGGGAAGGCCGAAAUAUUUGCGUUUAUAGACGAAGGCUCUCAACUUACCCUCUUGGAAGAGGACGUCGCUUCCAAACUUGGAAUUUCUGGACCACGUGAACCACUACAGUUGCUAUGGACAGGAAAUGUUACACGCAGUGAAUCCAAAUCUCAACGACUGCUGGUGGAUAUUUCUGGAUCACGAAUAAAUCAGCAAUUUAAGCUCGUCGACGCUCGUACGGUUGGAAAAUUGAUGCUCCCUAAGCAAUCAUUGAACUACCGUGGUCUAGCGGCAAGAUAUCCCCACCUUCGUGGGCUAUUGAUCAACGAUUACAAGGAAGUUGCACCGAAGCUACUGAUUGGUCUUGACAACCUGAAGCUCACAAUACCGUUGAAGAUACGUGAAGGUGACUGGGGCCACCCAAUGGCAGCCAAAUGUCGUCUUGGCUGGAGCAUCUACGGUUGUCCCUCUAGCGAGGUAGGACCGAUUACUUGUGGGUUUCACGUUGGAGGAUGGACCAAUCACGAUCAAGAAUUGAACCAGUUAGUUCGGAACUAUGUAGCGGUGGAUAACUCUGGAAUAACAUCGCCAAUAGCUCAUUUAGAGUCCGAUGAAGAACGACGUGCACGUGAAAUUUUGGAAACAACAACUAGGAGAAUUUCCACCGGGUUCGAAACUGGCCUUCUCUGGAGAGCGGACAACGUGCAGAUGCCCAACAGCUAUGGAAUGGCCUACAGGCGGCUCCGUAAUCUUGAAAGGAAGCUUUGCGAUAAUGAACAUCUAUACGAACGUGUACGGACAAUAAUACUAGAUUACGUUGAAAAGCAAUAUGCGCACGAAGCAACGAAAUAUGAGCUAACCACGACAAAGCCAGAAAAAUGCUGGUAUUUGCCUCUUGGCGUCGUUUCUCAUCCGAGGAAAAACAAAGUUCGAUUGAUUAUGGAUGCGAGAGCAACGGUAGACGGCGUGUCAUUCAACUCUUCCUUGCUAAAAGGACCAGAUAUGCUGGCGUCAUUGCCAGCGGUUCUCAGCAAUUUUCGGAGGUUCCAGUAUGCUUUAGCCGCCGACAUAAAGGAAAUGUUUCACCGAAUCAAGAUACGAGAAGAGGAUCGACAGUUCCAAAGGUUCCUGUGGCGAGACCGACCGGACGUGGAACCGACAAUAUUCGUGAUGAACGUAGCAAUCUUCGGGUCCACGUGUUCCCCGAGCUCGGCCCAAUACGUCAAAAAUCGCAACGCACGGGAUUUUGCCGAUGACUAUCCAACAGCGGCCAACGCAAUCAUCCGCCACCAUUAUGUCGACGAUUAUCUGGACAGUUUCGGAACGAAAGAGGAAGCAGUAACAGUCGGCCGUGAAGUGAAGACAAUCCACGAGAAAGGCGGUUUUGAAAUACGAAAUUUCCUGUCCAACAAACCGGAAAUCGCCGAAAGUGUGGGGGCGCAAUCAACAGCAAUGGAGAAACUAUUCCAAAUAGGAAAGGAGGAAUGUUCUGAAUCUAUUCUCGGUAUGAGGUGGAGCCCUGGCAGCGAUCAUUUCACCUUCUCUCUGGAGUUGCAUAAAAGUCUACAGGAUGUACUGGCCGAAACACACAUACCCACGAAACGAGAAGUGUUGCGGGUUGUUAUGAGCCUCUUUGAUCCUCUAGGCUUGAUAACGUUCUUCUUAAUCCACGGAAGAAUCCUUAUGCAGGACAUAUGGACCUCUGGGAUUGGUUGGGACGACACCAUCAACAGCGAUUUGUGUGAACGAUGGAGAUUGUGGUCGGGAUAUCUACCGCAGUUAAGCUCGAUCUGUAUCCCGCGUUGCUAUUUCACAGGUGGUAACCAAGAAACAUACAACGCGCUACAAAUACACGUUUUUGUUGAUGCGAGUGAAUCGGCUUAUUCUAGUGUACUAUACUUCCGUGUGAAAACUUCGUACGGAGUGGAUACUGUGCUAGUAUCAGCGAAAUCAAAGGUAGCCCCGCUUAAAAUGCUCUCCAUUCCCCGUUUGGAACUUCAGGCGGCAGUGCUUGGAUCGCGACUGUUGAACAGUGUUAUAAAGAUGCACGAUCUCCAAGUAACCAAGCGAGUGCUCUGGACUGACUCCCGGACAGUGCUGGCAUGGUUAAAUUCCGAUCAUCGUAAAUAUCAUCAGUUCGUGGGCUUCCGCAUAGCAGAAAUCUUAACUACAACGGAAGUAGACGAAUGGCGGUGGAUUCCCACUAAAAUAAACGUAGCGGAUCUUGCAACGAAGUGGGGAACGGGUCCCGAUCUGAGUGGAAAUGGUGUGUGGUUUCACGGCCCGGAAUUCUUACGUCAGCCAGAAGAGUUGUGGCCACAGCAACAGCGAGAAAACUCUCCGACUGUAGAAGAGAUCAGAUCCUGCAACGUUCAUGGAUCUACCCCGCAACCAAUGGUGAACUUGGCUCGCUUUGGUCGCUGGGAGCGAAUUCAGCGAACAUUAGGGUAUGUGCACCGGUUCGUCGAUAACGUACAACGAAGACAACAAGGUGUUCCACUAGAAUUGGGGAUUCUCACUCAAACUGAAUUGGCUGCGGCGGAGCGAAGUUUAUGGAAGCAAGCGCAACACGAUUACUACCUGCGUGAAGUGGAAGAUCUUAGCGAGAAAAAUUGUACAACGGUGUCAAAAUCCAGCAACAUUUAUAAACUGUGCCCUUUCCUGGAUAAGUACGGUGUACUUCGUAUGCGCGGUCGGCUCGAUCUAGCUUUGUAUGUGCCAUACGAGGCCAAGUUUCCAACAAUACUUCCACAACAAUCGACAAUAACAUGUAAGAAAGGGGCGUACUAUCAAGAUUUCGCCAAGGGCGCUGGAAAUUCACGCUACGGCUCUGAUUGCCCGCGAUCGAGAAUCAACCGAAUGUUGGAGAACCUUUGUGGAUUGGGGAAAAGAACGAAGAAGCGUAACUUUAUGACUACUGGUGGGAGCGAGAAGUCAGCAAAUAGAGCGCGGACAUGA